GGCAAGGUCGGGUCCGGAGCGGCGCGAAGGGCUGUGAGGGCUGCUCUGUGCGCCUCGCUGCUGCCGUCCGGCUGCCUUUGCCGCGCCGCGCGGCCGCGAGCGGUUCCGGACCCGCGCAGCGUGGAGGAUGGACGCUGCGGGCCUCACCCUGAAGCUGGUUCUGGUCGGCGACAGCGCCGUGGGGAAGUCCAGCCUCCUGCUGAGGUUCGCUGAUGGUGCGUUUGAACCGUGCCAGAAACCCACCGUCGGUGUUGAUUUUAAAGUGAAGAAAAUGGUUGUAGACGGCCACGCAGUACAGCUUGCAAUAUGGGACACAGCAGGACAGGAGCGCUUUAGAACGCUGACUCCCAGUUAUUACCGAGGAGUUCAAGGGGUUGUUUUAGUGUAUGAUGUUACAAGAAAAGACACUUUCGCAGGACUAGAAAGCUGGCUGAAUGAGCUGGAAAUGUAUACUACCAAAAGCAACACUGUGAAGAUGUUACUUGGCAAUAAAACCGAUAAGCCUGAUCGUGAAGUAGAGAGAAGAGAAGGACUCCAGUUUGCUAGGAAGCACUCACUGCUUUUUAUAGAGACCAGUGCCAAGACACAGGAUGGAGUGCAACAUGCCUUUGAGGAACUAGUCAUAAAGAUCCUGCAGACACCAGGUCUUUGGGAUAAAAACGCAGAGAAGCGGGGAGUCCAGCUAAUGGAACCUUCAGCACAGCAGAAUAAAAACUUAUGUGGUGCAUACUGUCCACUUACUUAAAUGUACAGAGUUUCCACUAGUCACUGUCAUUUUGUGCAAAUUUAUGCCGCCUAUCCUCUACCAUCCAGACAUGGAAACGUUGAUCCUUGCUAGAGCGUUGACUGCAUCUUUCUCUAGCUAUCAUCCUGUUGUUUUUUUUUUUUUUUUUUUCUUUCUUCAACCUCAGUCCUAAAGUAUUUUUCGGAAUUGCCCUAAUGCAUGGACUGCAACUCCAAACUUGCUUUGUCAUUGUGAUUUUCACCACACCUGAUUAACUUUACAACCAGCCAUCCAAGGCAAGCCAGCGAGGUGAUUUUUAGUUGUGUAUUUGCACUGAAAGAGCCUGCACAGAAGCCAUGUGUUUUUUCCCUUAUAACUGAAGCUCAUCUUAGCUAUCUGCAAAUGUCAGCAUAUAACAUAUAGCCUCUCGGCAUCUUUUAUUCUGAACCUAAAAAAAAAUGAACCCAAUGUUUUUGACAGCAUUCCAAGUUAGUAUCUGUGACUGUACAUCAAUACAGAGUAUCUGCAUACACCUAAGAUUAACUCAUACUGAGUAUUUCAGUUCACUUCUAAUUGCAAUGUUGUGUCUAAGAUAUUAAGUCUUCAGUUAUUGUAACUUCAGGUGUACCUCUGUGUCAUUUACCUUGCUUCUCUUUCUUAAUGCGUAUUUUUACUGUUAGACUAUGUUAGAUCAUAAAGCUUAUACGUUAAUUUAUUUACUGCUAGUCAUUUAGAAUAUUCUAAGAUGUUAGAUAGCAACCUUGUUUUAAGUGAAAUCUGACCCGUAGGUAAUAUCUUACCUAGUUUUCUUUAAAUUAGAUCUGUAUUCUCUAAGCAUGCUUAUGUCUUGCAUACUACAAAAACCUCCUUGCGAGCUGCAGUAUAGAUCUGUGGGGAGAUCAAGUCUGCCCAGUUCAUAUUGUCAGAAGAUGACUUAGUUUGAAAUGCUGUUUAAAGUAUUACACUCAGUUUUUCAUGGGAUGAAUAUAUAUGUCACAAAAUUCACUUGGCUAUGUGUCUCUCUUGUAAGCCACAUUACUUUUGGUGGCUGUGCUGGGACAAUAGUGUAGAGAGUUAGUGGCAGAGCUGAUGGGCCACCUGAGUGUGAAGGAAUCCUUGUACAUUUGCUGAAGCCACCAGUCUGGCAGCAUAUCUGCUCUGACAAGCCAGAGCCUGACUCUUGAAAAGUGCUUAUUCUUGUCGGAAUCGUAACCUCACUGCCUAUAGGCAGGAUAAUACAUGAAAGU